AUGAAGUUUGUAGGCAUUUUUUCUUCCCUGGUGGUGUUAGCAGGCAAUGUGUUCGCUGCUUCUCGUACUUCGCCGCCAUCUGGGGCAAUUGUAGUUGCCAAGUCCGGAGGCCAAUACACUUCUUUGCAAGCUGCUAUCAACUCCAUUUCCACCAGUUCAACCGCCACCACAACUAUCUUUAUCCAGCCCGGAAGCUACAGCGGUCAGGUCUCGAUCCCCAGCCUAAAGGGGAAGCUCGUAGUCUAUGGCUACACCACAAACGAUCAAGACUACACGAAGAACCAGGUUACCCUGACCAACACUCUCUCCGCUGCUGCAGCUGGAAGCAACGACUUGUCUGCAACUCUUCGUGUCGCAACCAACUACUUUAGCUUGUACAAUGUCAAUCUCGUCAACGGCUUUGGCAAGGGCUCUCAGGCCCUAGCUAUUUCCGCCAAUGGCCAAUACCAGGCCUACUACGGCUGCAGCUUCGUCGGUUACCAAGACACCAUUUACACCAACAAACCUCAUCAGGUUUAUAAGAAUAGCUACAUCGAGGGAGCAACCGACUUUAUCUUUGGUAAUGAUGGUAAUGCUUGGUUUGAGAAGUGUACGAUUGCGAUCAACGGCGCUGGAUAUAUUACUGCCAGUGGACGCGACAGUGCUGAUAGCUACUGGUAUGUGAUCAACAAGGCCAAAAUCGCAGCCAAGUCCGGCUCUGGCGUGGCCAAGGAAUCGACAGUUCUUGGACGUCCAUGGAGAGAGUACGCACGUGUUGUCGUUCAAAACUCCGACCUCAGUAACGUUGUCAAGCCUGUGGGAUGGUCUGCCUGGGGAACGAACCCAACUGGCAACGUUUACUACGCUGAAUAUGGCAACACCGGAACUGGAGCAAGCGGGACUAGGGUAAGCUGGGCGAAGAAGUUGUCCAGCGCUGUCUCGAUCGAUUCGAUCCUACCUGGCUACACUUCUUGGGUCGACAUGACUUACUGGAACGCGUCAUAA